AUGAAGAAAAAGGUAGAUAAUCGAAUAAAAACGCUUGUUGAAAAUAAUAUUGCCAUAGGGCAACGAAGUAUGUUUAUAGUUAUAGGGGAUGAAGGAAAAAAUGUUGUUAUGAAUUUUUAUUUUUUAUUAAAUCGAUUAAUUACAAAUAAUAGAUCACUUAAUAUUUUAUGGUGUUAUAGAAAAAAACUCGAUUUCUGUACAAGCAAAAAAAAAAGAUUUCGUGAAAUGAAAAAGAAAAUAAAAAAAGGAACAUUCGACACACAAAUAGAUAACAACUUUGAUUCCUUUUUAAAUAAUGCAAAUAUACGAUAUUGUUUUUAUAAAGAAACACAAAAUAUUUUAGGAAAAACAUAUUCUAUGUGUAUACUUCAAGACUUUUCAUAUAUAACUCCAAAUAUAUUAUGUAGAUGUAUUGAAACUGUGAUUGGUGGUGGAAUUAUAAUAUUUUUAAUAAAUAAAUUAGAAGAAUUAAAAGAUAUAUAUAAUUUAACAUUAAACUAUCAUAAAAAAUAUAAUAUGAAUGGAAAAUGUAAUGUUUAUAAUAAUUAUAUUUAUCGUUUUUUUCGAUCUUUAAAUACUUGUAAAAAUGCUAUGUUCAUUGAUGAUGAAAUGAAUAUAUUACCACUUAAUGAUAACCAUUUAAAUAUUACAAAAAUAUUAAAUGAAAAUUCUCAAAAUAUGGGAAUAUAUUCUGGAAAAAAAAAUAAUAAUGAAACUCUAUUUGAAAAAUCAGCAACCCUAGGGGGGUUUUUAUCCCCUGACAAAAAAAUGCUUGCAAAAAAAUUAGAAUUUUUAGAGGAAAAAUGUGAAGUACUUGAAAAAAAAAGAGAAGAAAAAAAAAUAUCUUUAUAUUCAUCAAAAUUUUAUAAUAAUAAAGUAAAUAUAACAAAUGAAAAAGUCGAAAUAAAUGAAACACAAAAUAUGCAAAAUAAUUUAAAUGAAAUAGACAAUGAUGCGCAAUAUGCAUUUCUUGACAAAAAUAUAAUAAAACUUUUUAAAAUAUGCUUAAGUAUCGAUCAACUCGAAAUUUUGAUAAAUAUAUGUAAAAUAUUACGAAAUGACAAUGAAAAAAAAAAAAAUAUAAAAGAAAUAUUAUUUAAUUUAUUAGCAAAUAGAGGUCGAGGAAAAUCUGCUACUUUAGGAUUAAUUUUAUCUUUAAGUAUAUAUUUUAAUUACAGUAAUAUUAUUACUUGUUCAGGUAAUAAUGAUAGUGUUCAUACGAUUUUUGAAUUUUUAGAUAAAGGGUUAAAUAUAUUAGGAUAUAACGAAUUUAAAGAUUAUGAAAAAAUAUAUGUUAAUGGAAAAAUAAAAGAAAUAAUUAUAUUUAAAAAUAUAAAAUAUUUAAAACAAAAAAUCAGAUACUUAGAUAUAAUUGAAAAUGAUAAUAUUCCAAAUUGUGAACUUAUGAUUAUAGACGAAGCUGCAUGUAUACCUAUAGAUAUUUUAAAAAAUAAAAUAAAAGGUGAAAUUACUAUUUUGUCUACUACAUUAAAUGGAUAUGAAGGAACAGGAAAAACGUUUACUUUUAAAUUGUUAAAACAAUUAAAAAAAAAAUUCGUAACACAAUUAACAUAUGAUGAUUUUAAACAAAUCAAAUAUUUAUAUUUUGAUAAAGCUUUUAUAGAUAUAACUUUAAAAAGUCCAAUUAGAUAUAGUUAUGAUGAUCAAGUUGAAAAUUGGUUAAAUAAUUUUUUAUGUUUAAAUUGUAAUGAAACAUUUAGUAUUAAAAAUAAUUUAUUAUCCUCUCCAUCCAAAUGUCAGUUAUUUUUUGUUAAUAAAAAUGUAUUUAAAAAUUAUAACCAAACUAGCGAAAAUCUUUUAAAAAAAAUUAUGACCCUGUUCAUAACUUCUCAUUAUAAAAAUACACCAAACGAUUUAAUUAUGAUAUUAGAUUCACAACAACAUCAUUUAUUUGUCCUCAUAAGUUCAUCAAUCGAUACAAAUACAAUAUCUGUUAAUAAUAUUGAUCAAAUAGAUAUUUAUGGUGUUAUUCAUUGCUCUAUUGAUGGAAUAAUAGAUCAAUCAAAAAUAAAAAAGAUAGUUAAAGUUGAAGAUAUUUCUCAAAUUGUGAAAGAAAAAAAAAAUAUGACUGUUCAGGAUGGCAAUAACGAAAAUGCCAAACAAAAUGAUGGUGAUGAUGAACAGGAGGUAACGGGAAAUGAUGAAAAUAGCAAUGUAAUAAGUAAUCAUAUGCUAAAAAAUGAAAUUGAAGGAAAUUUAAUACCAUAUAUAAUUAGCGAUUAUUUUAAUUACUAUUUUUACAACUAUAUAGGAAUCAGAAUAGUUAGAAUAUCUAUUCAUCCAUCCAUGCAAAACUUAAAUUACGGUUCAGAACUUUUAAAGAAAGUUUAUGAAUAUUAUAGUUUGUACAACGACCCAAAGCGAAAUAUUAUUAACAGUACAGAAAACGAAAAAGAAAAUGUCAUAUUUUGUCAAUGUUCAGGCGAAACAAUAUAUUUUGAUAAUAAAUUAAAAAGAAUAGAUUAUAUUGGUACAUGCUUUGGCCUAACUAAAAAUCUUUUAAUUUUUUGGAAAAAAAAUAAUUAUAUUCCUGUAUAUUUAAAACAACAAAAAAAUGAAAUAACUGGAGAAUUUAGUGCAUUAAUGUUAAGACAUAUAAAUCCUAAACUCAAAAAUAUAUUUAUAACUUUUUAUUAUGACUUUGUCAGAACUUUUUGUAAUUUAUUACCUUAUUCCUUUAAAAGAUUAGAAUCUUUCAUAAUAUAUAAUUUGUUAAAUGAUAAUUACAAUUUAUUAUCUAACCCCCCUCGUGUUAGUCGAAUAAAUGAUUUGAAACAAGUUAUUCAAAAAGAAGAUGAAAAUAUUAGCAUAAAUGAAAAAACUCAGAAAACGAGAGAUGAUGAUUCUGAAGAAAAUAUAGACCUCGAAAAUAAUGACAUAAUAACUUCAUUUUAUAACAAAAAAGAAAAAUUAAAUGAAGAAAAUAUUUUUUAUUUUUUCCAUGCAAAUGAUAUAUGUAGGUUAAAAAGAUAUGUAUUAGAAAGUAGAAGUUCACAAGAAUUGUUAUAUUUGAUGGAUACAAUAGCUAAACUUAUAUUAUUUAAAAAAGUGAAAAUUGAUUUAAGCAUAUUAGAGUAUACGAUUCUAUAUGCUGUUUCUUUUCAAAAAAAAACAUUUGCUGAAAUAUCGGACGAAAUCCAAAUUAAUAUCAAUCAAACAAAUGCUAUUUUUAGGAAAAUAAUUCAUCGUUUCUACAAUUACAUAAAUGCCAUAAUGGAAAAGCAAAUCGAAAAAGAGGUCAAUGAAGAAUUUGAGCAAAAAUUAAAAAAAAAAAAAAAACGGCUCGCAAAUUCUGAACUCCCAUCAAAUGAAUAUGCAGAAGAAUUAGAACAAAAUUCUAAUAAUAUAAAAAAGAAACAAAAAAAAGAAAAAAUGGCACUCAUUCAACAAUUUAACUUAUCAGGGAGUAUUAAAAGAAAGCACAUAAAUUUAAAAGACAAUGCAUAA